AUGGAAGAUGAAGUUGAUUAUGCUUAUUCUCAGUUAAAAAAUUUUUUAGUUGAAAGACCAGUCGAAUCAUACGGAAAGGGAUCAGGUUUCAAGGACAAGAAAAAAUGUAAGUUUUUAGUUCUUAAAAACCUUGAAGAAGCUUAUCAAGAGGCGAAAAACAAAUUUAUCGUUAGAAAAAAAGAGGAAGAGAGGUUAGAAAAGUUAAAAUUGGUCGUUUAUGAAGGAGAAUUUGAAAGAGAAUCUGAAGAUUUUUAUAAAAUUUUGGGGGUGAAAAAAGGUUCAACAACAGAAACUAUUGCUAAGGUUUAUCGAAAAUUAGCCUUAGAAUUUCAUCCGGAUAAAAACAAAUCUCGUUUGGCAGAAGUUGAAUUUAAAAAAAUUAAGCGAGCUUAUGAAGUUUUGAGUGAUGAAGA